CAGCUGGUGUUUCUCUUUCACUUUAUGUGCCUUUCGUUGAGUCCCAUUGCUCCAUUGUUUUGUGGCGCAAUAAGGUCAGCACCAUUUGCAAGAUCUCUUGGUGGAAGAGAGAGGGCAACAACGUUGAAUUUCUACUAUAGAAGAAAAAACCUCUGACUGAGAGAAGAAAAACAGGAAGGUGAAAAAAUUUUUUUUUGAUUGAGAAAACGCACCUUGGAGCAAUCUAAGGGGGGAAUUUUUAAUUUUGGAAGUGAGAGGGUAGAAGAAUAAUAAAAUUUGAAAGAAAAAAAAAUUGACGAGGCCAUUUGGUGCAGUUCCGGAGUGAUUCCCCCACAAAUGACAAGAGGCUGUGAACCCCGAGACAGCCUGUGACUACAACCCAUCCCCGUGCUGUACUUAGGGGUGCACGCGUGGAGAUGUCCCUGAGGUAUUGCUGAGACGACGUGGUUGUGUGGAAGAGCUUUUUUUUUCAACGGAAACAAAGAAGAAAAUAGAGGUGGUCUCUCAAAGGCACUUCCGGGAUUGCAAGAAUGGGGAAUUGCCUCAAGAGGUCCACACAGGAUGACAUUUCACUCCUUCGUGGGAGCAAUGAGGGGAAUCGUGAGCUCACAGAUCAGCUGGGACCAGUACCUCUCUAUUCUGAAAUCCUUCAACCCGUUUUCUAUCCCUCACCCAGCGUUAGUCGCCCCGCAACGCACCUCACGGAGGAGGAACAGGUGAAGAUCGCCAAGCGCAUCGGGCUGAUUCAGCAUCUACCCAUUGGGGCGUAUGAUGGGUGCAAGAAGACGCGCGAAUGCGUCAUUUGCAUGGCUGAAUUCCUCGUUGGGGACUCCGUACGCUACCUACCCUGUAUGCAUACCUAUCAUGUGGCCUGUAUUGAUGAUUGGUUAAUGCGUAGCCUCACGUGCCCCUCGUGCAUGGAGCCCGUGGAUGCAGCCCUACUCACCAGCUACGAGACAUCCUAGACCCGCGUGCGCGCCUGAGUAAGGCAUUGACUGUGAUUGAUGAUUUAAAAACAAAAAAAAAAAUUGUACGAUAUAAGUUGUAAUGGCGGAAGAUUUUAAAAAAGAAAAAGAGAAAGAAGGGAGCACAUUAUGCGAUAUGUUGGGCUGGGGGGAGGGGGGGUUGUAACCUAAGGCGGAUGCUAAGGAUAUCAGAAAUGGAUAUUUGAUGUUAUAUUAUGUAAAAAAAAACAGAUGUACAUUAUAUUAUAACAAAACUAUAUAUACAAUAAAAAGAAAUAUAACAAGAUCUUACCGAAAGAACAAA